UUUUUAAUGCUUAUAUAUUAUAUACAUAUAUUAUUUGUCGUUCAAGAAAAAAGCUAUGGCAGAAAAUCAAACCACGUUUCCUGUGACUAGCUGGGCUAGCUUUUGGUUUAUCUGUGUCAUCAUCUUUAUACUGUUACGUUGUCCUUUGUAUGGCAUGUGUCUCUGUGCAUGUUCCUUUUGGGUGUGAAACCCAUUUGUCGUUUUUUUCUACCCUUCUUCCUCUUCUUCUUCUUCAUCCCCAACUGGUUUGCUUUUUCUUUUUCUUUUUGUUUUUUAAUGACAAGACUUUUCUAGACUUCUAUCCUUUACUCUUUAUGUGUGUUUUAAACUGUUAAUUAAGUUCUAUAGUUUUAAGUAAGAUUACUGUUCAGAACACAGAUUUCUCAAUCUUUUAGCGGUUUUGGGGAGUGUAAUUUUCUUUAUCUGUGGUAAGAAGAUGUAGAGUUGGACCACUGAGUUUUUAAGGUGAUAUGGAUGGUUGAGAAUGACACUUCUGUGAUUUUGUUCCUUCCUCGGUUGGUUGGGAAUAAUUAGCCUAUUCUCCAAAUAUUUUAUUUUUUCUUUUCUUUGGAAAAAAAAAAAAAAAAGAAAAGCAAAGAAAAAAGGAAAUUGAAAAAGUUGAAUUUCUUCAUGUGAUUCUAGUUAUGAGUUAGUUGGCAUGCCAUGAGAUUUUGGUAGGAAAAAAAAGCCAAUUUCUGGGGAAAUUCUGGGCUUCUCUUUCUUUGUUGAAGUUUGAUUCGUAAAUUUGUGGAAGGAAAAAAAAAAAAAAAAAAGAAAAUUAUGGAACAAGUAAAUCAGAAGUCUCUAGAGAGAGUAGUCUCACAGAAGGCUUUGCAGAUGGGUUCGUCAUUUUCAUGCCAAAUUUGUGUGGUGGGUUUUCUUCUUGGAGUCUGUCUUACCUAUUUGGUUCUUGCUGCUUUCACAUCACUUGCUGCUUUUGAGCUCGCCGGAAUUUCUUUCGCAAGCUUUUCAAUGGCUACUACUUCACCACCAAAUUCAACCUCAGAUGUUAUCAGCACAAACAACAGCUCUAGAUUAAAAGAAAUAUAUAGAAUAGAUGAUUCACCAAGAGGUAAAGAAAUUGAUGAGGAUGAUGAUGAGAGAAACUCAUUACUGUAUUCAGCUUGGAGCUCUCUACUAACUGAUCAAUCAACAUCUAGAGAAAAUGAACAUGUUCUGAAACUUGGACUGAAUAGAUCUAGUUUGCCAAAUGCGCCACAUUUGGAAAACUGCAAAUUGAAAGCGCAAGUUAAUGAGCACUUCGAUAAGCGCAAUGGAACUGAUGAGACAUUUCCUCCAUGGACAAGUUGGAAGGGUCUGCUGAAAAUGCAUCCGGCAAAUAAUGAGCAGCUGAGUCAUUUCAGGCAUCAGGCUGCAUCUGAAGGUGCUUAUCCUCCCUGGAUAUCUGGAUCUGAUGAAGAAAAUUACCCUUUGACUAGAAAAGUGCAACGCGAUAUAUGGCUCCAUCAGCAUCCUAUGAACUGCAGGGAUCCUAAUGUGAAGUUUCUUGUCACUGACUGGGAGAGGCUACCUGGAUUUGGUAUUGGAGCUCAGAUUGCUGGAAUGUGUGGCCUUCUUGCUAUUGCAAUCAAUGAGCAAAGAGUCCUUGUUACCAACUACUAUAACCGUGCUGAUCAUGAUGGUUGUAAAGGUUCAUCCCGCUCCAGUUGGUCUUGCUACUUCUCUCCAGAGACAUCCCAAGAAUGUCGAGAUCGUGCUUUUGAGCUCAUGGAGAGUGAAGAAGCAUGGAAGAAAGGAAUUAUAACAGGAAAAGAAAAUUAUACUUCCAAGGAAAUAUGGGCUGGACAUACUCCUAGGAUAUGGGGUAAUCCUUGGAGUUAUAUGCAACCAACAACAGAAAUAAAUGGAAGUUUAAUUACUUACCAUCGAAAAAUGGAUCGAAGAUGGUGGAGAGCACAGGCAGUACGAUAUCUGAUGAGGUUUCAAAGCGAGUAUACAUGUAAAUUAUUGAAUGUUGCUCGGCAUACAGCAUUUGGAAAAGAAGCUGCAAGUAUGGUUCUAAGAAGUUUUGGAGGGGAAUGGCCUAAGGAUGUUACAAACAAAGAAAAAUCUGACAUUGAUGUAUAUGUAUGGUCAAAUCACAAGGCUUGGGUACCCCGGCCACUACUAAGCAUGCAUGUAAGAAUGGGAGAUAAAGCAUGUGAAAUGAAGGUGGUUGAAUUUGAAGAAUACAUGAAUCUUGCUGACCGCAUUAGAAAUAGCUUCCCGCACCUUAAAAGUGUUUGGCUCUCCACAGAAAUGCAGGAAGUUAUUGAUAAAUCAAAAAGGUACCAACACUGGAACUUUUACUACACACAUAUAACAAGGCAAGUCGGAAAUAUUACAAUGGCUACUUAUGAAGCUAGUCUUGGUAGAGAGACCAGCACAAAUUAUCCCAUGGUUAAUUUCUUAAUGGCAGCUGAUGCCGAUUUUUUCAUUGGAGCAUUGGGUUCAACUUGGUGUUACCUAAUAGAUGGAAUGAGGAAUACUGGAGGAAAAGUUAUGGCCGGUUACUUGAGUGUCAACAAGGACAGGUUCUGGUAAAAAUAUUCAUCUUUCAACUGGAAAAUUAGAAUGUAUAGUCAUUUGUGUGAUGAUGGUCGGCAAUUUUGUUGUCUGUACAUGGGUAAUUCAUUUUUUGUGACACUGAUUUUUUUUUUUUUUUCGGUUGUACAUUCUUGUAUCUCCAUGUAUAAUAGAUGUAGAAAUUGUAAUGAAAAAGCUACAGUGAAUUCAUCA